CAAAAGAACGCUUCCCCAAAUACCCCUCCCUCCUCGCGCUCUUCGCUUAUUGUCUCAAACGCUCGAAGUGACAGGAGCCACAUGCAUCAGUAGCGCUCAGGAAAAAAGCGGAUUUUAAGUGAACUAGAGGUAUAGGCUGGAGUCUGUGCAUCUCCAUGAGGUUUUGAUACAGAGCAGGAUGUGACAUCAGAGGCCUUCACGUCUUCUGCUCGUGCGGAUUGGGCAUGAGUGAGGAGCCCCGCCCUCAGUCGCCCAGCUGACCAAUCAGAAUGUUCGAGGUGAAGCCUAUGAGCGUGGAGAAGAAGGACACAGCUGCGGGAACAGAUGAGGGCAGUAAGGUGUGUGACGGGGGAGUCAGUGGUUGCGGAGGGGAUUCUCUGUAUCUCUACGAGGGUCAGGACUGGGUCAUCUCCCCCUCCUGCUCUCCAGAGGAACCCAGCGCCAUCUCACCCAUGCUGGCCGAGGAAACCUUCCGCUACAUGACAUUUCUAGCUGUCGGUUCCUCUUAUCCCCAUAAUGGCUCUAACAGCCUCUCUAAAGUCCUCAGCGCUGACCGGGUGGAGCAGAUGACCAAGACUUACAAUGACAUCGACGUGGUCACACACCUCCUAGCUGAAAGGGAUCGCGACCUGGAAUUGGCCGCUCGGAUCGGUCAGUCUCUCUUACAGAGGAACCACGUGCUGCAGGAGAGAAACGAAUCUCUGGAGGAACAGCUAGCACAGGCCAUAGACCAGGUUCAUCAGCUCCAGCAUGAGUUGGCGAAGAAGGAUGAACUCCUCCGUAUGGUCGCGAGCGCCAGCGAGGAGAGCGAGACCGACUCCAGCUGCUCCACGCCGCUCCGUCACCCGGCGCCCGCCGGGGCCGCUCUCGCCCUCAGCCAGCUGGAGGCCCUCCAGUCCAAACUCCAGGAGCUGGAGGAGGAGAACCUGUCCCUGAGAUCAGAGGCCUGUCACCUGAAGAAGGAGACCGUCACUUACGAGGAGAAAGAACAGCAGCUGGUGAACGACUGCGUUAAAGAGCUACGAGAGUCAAACAGUCAGAUGGUGUCACUGACAGAUGAACUCUCGCAGAAGAGCGAGGAGUUAAUAAGACAUCAGGAGGAAAUCGCACAACUCCUCUCACAGAUCGUCGAGCUCCAGCAAAGAGUGAAAGAGCUGGCUCUAGAGAAAGAAGAGCUGAGAAUUCACCUUCAGGCCUCAAAGGAAGCACAGCGGCAGCUCACGGCUGAGCUGAAGGAGCUGUCAGACAGGAAUGCUGAGUGUGUGGGAAUGCUACACGAGUCUCAGGAGGAGAUUAAGGAGCUGCGCAGUAAGAACACGCCAUCUGCAGGCCUGCGCAGACACCUGUCGCACGGACUCUAUCCUAUGGAUUCUUUGGCAGCUGAGAUUGAAGGUACUAUGAGAAGAGAGCUGAGUGUAGAAGAAGAAAUUGCCUUCCAGGACCAGAGGUCAACGCACAAGCGCGUGUUCCAGACGGUGCGGUCUGUGAAUGAGUCUGUGAUGAGAGCGUCUGCCGCAGUGCCUCCGAUCCCUGGCUCCGCCCGCAGCGGCGUGGUCAUGACCCCAGUGCCCUAUCAAUCACACACACCCAACACAGAGGAGCCAGCUGGAGAUGUGGACGCCACCAAAGAGAACUCUCGUCUGGGUCAGCCCGGCUCUCGGGGAAAUGACCUCACAUCGGCCCUAAACCGCCUCUCCCUGCGGAGGCAGAACUUCCUGUGCGAGCGACAGUUCUUUCAGGUCGAGAGAGAGAAGAAGCUGCAGGAGCUGGCGGCUGCCGAGUCGGAAGGGGGCGGGAGCGGCUGCAGUUCACCAAUGGGAAGCACCGUCUCGUCUUUCACCAACCUAUCAGAAUUCUCCAUCUCCUCCAGCUGUUUCAAAACAUUUCUGCCUGAAAAACUGCAGAUUGUGAAACCAAUGGAAGGUUCUCUGACUCUUCAUCACUGGCAGCAGCUCGCUAAACCCCACCUGGCCACUAUUCUAGACCCCCAUCCGGGUGUAGUUACCAAAGGCUUCCGCCCUCUCCCUCAGGACAGUGUUUACCGCCUGGCUGACCUAGAAGAGGACGAAGACCAGGAGAAGCUGCCGUGGGAGCAUAAGAGAAAAGAGGAGAAGCCACAGGAUGCAAAGAUAAAAGACGAAGAGGAGGAGGAGGAGGAGGAAGGAAUCACAUUUAACGUGCGCUCGUCGUCCACUCCAGAAGAGAAGAGAGAAAGGAGGCGUGUCCAAAGCCCGGCUAACGUCCCUCCCCUUCCUGCAUCCCUCAGGAAUUCCCCUGUGCCCCUAGCAACAGCCGUUUCCUUGGCAGCAGCAGUUAACCUGACGACCAGCGCUGCUCCUGCCGUUAGUUCUGGGGUCUCUGGGUCAGCAGCUCCACAGUUUGAGCUGAAUCUCGGAUCUAAAGUGCCCUCUACAGCUGUAAAUCCUGGGAAAUAUCAGAGCUCCACUUUUUCCACAUACACCUUCACUACCUGCCGGAUCCUGCAUCCCAGUGACAGCACACAGGUGACACCCAGCUCUGCCUGCAGUCCUUCUGUAAGUGACAACACCCCUAGUUCUCUCCGGACCGGUCCCAGUACUCCAGUCACACCCUGCCGGUUAAGUCUGGGUGAUUCUUUCCCCAUUCGCCGUCCCGCGGCGCCCCCUGGUGGUCUCGCCAAGCUCCUGCUGGAGAAGGGCAUCUCUGCUCAGGGUCCCGCCGCUGUGCCGGCACCCAAAAAGCCUCUUUCCCUACGUCUUCUUCCCAGCACUCCUCCAAACUCCCCCUCCCACUCCCCAUGCCCCUCUCCCGUGCCCUUCGACUCCCGAUCCACCUCUGCGGACAACUUCCUAGCGUCCCGUCCCGCCGAGCUCUUCCUGCAAGACGUCUACGGACUGAAACUCGGCCGUGCCCCGCGACCGGAUCUCCUGAGCCCUGACCGAUCUCCUCAUGGGACCAAACCCGACUGCCACUCCGUCAACCUCGUGGAGCAUCUUCGCAAGCUAGGCUUGGAUAAAAGAGUCCUCCAAGGGUCAGAUCCCGAAGGCACCCAUCAGCAAGAAUCUGCCACCUUCCUAGCAACAGGAGGAGGCAGCUUAUUGGAUGGGCUUCGGAGAAAUCAAAGUCUGCCUGUGAUGGUUGGCCGGCGCAGCGCAUCCGUCUCCAGUCCGUCCUUUCCUGUCCCAGUCCCUCACCCUACCUCCCUGGCCCUUCCCACCCCACCAUGGGGUAACCUAAACGAACCGCGCCGCACACGUAGACACGCCUCACUUUCCCAGGCCCCGUCCCACUUGCAUAAUUGAUAAGGGUGUGGGCGUGGCCUCCGACAAACAGGCGAUACUUUAUAUCAAUCCCUCAUAUCCUUGAUUAACCCAUCUGUUUCCCGGAAAAAGAGGCUGAGAGACAUUUAAGAAUGUUUUUAAAGCACAAAAAUGAAGUCAAAGUGUCUUGUUGCCAUGUUUAUGUUCAAAUGAAGAUUUUUAAAGGCCUUAUAGCACUCGAGAGACUUCUAAUGCUAUUUUUCCUCCAUUUAAGUCAUCGCAUUUAUGUUCUGUCCUUUAACACGUGAGGCUGUGGAGUUGAGAAGUGUGGAAUAGAUGAAGAAGGGUUAUGUACGUGUCGAGGGUUGUUGAAUGUUGAAUCAAUGGAAAGCAAGUUAAAGGAAUGCUGGAAAUAUGAAGGUUUCUGUAGGUUUAAAGUGAAUUUUCUGUAACUUUGAUUCAUCCUAGUGAAUCAUAUAGACAAGAUUGAGGUGUUGAACACAAAUGAAAAUGGAAUAUGGCAAGUGAAAUAAAUGGUUGCAUCUCCACAGCCUCAUUUUAGGGCUUUGCCUUGAUUCAUUCAGCGGUUCCUGAGAGUUCCUCUCUGUUCGUCCUGUGUUAUAGAUAGCUAAAGCCUUUUAGACAUUUAGUAGAACAUCUACCUGCCAUAUUGUCUAUUUUUGCAACCUUACAGGUGCAGGUGGAAGGUCUGAGCGAGCUUUGCAUCCCUCAAUGUGCUGGUGUAUCUGGACAUAAGCUCCUCCUAUUUCUUUGCACUGAAUUGGUUUUUGGGAAUUUUUGCCACAAAAGAGCAGAUCUGGAUUGCUCAGGAUAUAUUUGGGGUUGUACAGGCACUUGUUCUGCUAAAAGUAACCUUGUUCUAAACGGUGUGUUAUUUGAAAUAAUAUUCAGGGACUGUAUUUAAGGGAAAUUAGUGCUUUGUUCGUAUGUGCACUCGCUGCAGAUUAUACUUUUUCAGUUUGGCUUAAAAUGAUUCUGCGACUGAAACCUGAAGGGAAGGGAGUUUGAUUCUUUUUUUGCUCCAGGUUUCCAUCUUUAAUAGAAUAGGAUAUGUUUUAUCAGUCUAUUCUCAUUCUAUUUGCAUUUACUCCCCUUAAAUACAAAGCAUACAAAUUGUAUUUUUAGUGAAUACGGAAACCUUUCUGAAGUAGCCCUGAAGAUAUCAACCACAGUUUUACAUGGUCUUGACACUUAGACCAUGACCUUUGACCCCUGAAUGAAUUCCUUAGUGACACCGAUUGUGCUUCCUAGCCAUCUUAACUUGUUUCUCCACUUUUCUCGUUUUUUGCACUUUUUUCAUUUUUAACCAACUAGAAUUGUGUUUUUUAGUAACUAGGCGUUACGCGUGUUAUCUAACAGUAAGGUAAGACUAGAUUAUCUUAAUACACUUAACCUGAGAGAUAGCGAAUAUUAUUUACUAACCAUUCAGCUAGGAAUGAGAUUUUAAUAUAUUUCAUGUUUUUUUUUUUUUGUCGAGUUUGAGAAGGGACUCAAGUUUCAAAGACCUUUUUGGGUUUAAACCAAAAUUAUUUGUCUUUCUUGCCUGAAUUGUCGUUUUAUAAGCUAAACCGUACGUAAACGUGUUCGUUUUUGUGGUAAACUGACCUUUUGUGCUUUCUAGUAAAUGACAUGAUGACAGCACAGGGAAAACCAUGAGUUUGGUCCAGAAACUGUUACAGGAAUGCCAUUUUAAUAAGCUUUUGUCAGCUAUGCCAAGAAUACAAUCGAAACUUGGUAAAGUGAAUCGCAUUACCACCUCCUUCAGAAUAAUACCAGCAUGCUUGCUGCUUCUGUACAUCACUAGCUUUAUCUCUAAUCCCAGCUGAAGUGUGUGGUAUUAAACGCAUGAUUUGAUUUCUGCAUCAAAGUGUCCUUAUUUACAUCCUGCUGUUGAUGUCAUCAGGCCCUCUGCUGCCAUUGAGGUCAAAGGUCAAUGCUUGAAGACGAUGCCACAAGUUGUGACAUCAAGCACCAGGUGAUUUCUUUUGUGCUGUUGACAUAGUAACCACGGCCUUAGUGUGUUUUCCUGUGCUUAGCUGUCAGAACCAUGUAUUAGUAUGAUUAUCUUGUUUUUUUAUAAUAAAACCAUCAAAUUCAA